AAGGGAAAGGGGUUCGUCACUAGUUUCAGCAUUUUUUUCUUCUGAGUGCUAAACCGGCAAGAAAAGCUGAUAGAGCCAAGAUGCGUGCCCUGUUGGUGCUGUGUUUUGUAGCGGCUGCAUUUGCAGGUCCGACCCCAUCCCAGGAGCAGUCUCAGGAAAAUGACCUCCUGACUGGAUUCCGUGAGUUCCGUCACUACGAGUACCGUUAUGAGUCCGAGGCGCUGACCGGCACCCAGACCCCCCAGAACAGCAGCCUGUCCGGCGUGCGCAUCCGCGCUGAUGUCGUGCUGUCCGUCCAGCCCGGCCGCCAAGUCCGCAUGGACCUGAUGGACGUGCGUCUGUACGAGUCCAACAGCGGCGAGCCCAACCAGGUCGAGUGGCAGAGGUCCCCCAACUCCCAGGACUUCUCCCGUGCCCUGGAGCAAAACCCCCUGUGGUUCCGCUACCAGAGCGGCCGCGUGCAGGACAUCCGCCCCCAGCAGGACGAGCAGCAGUGGGUGCUGAACAUCAAGCGUGGUAUCCUGUCCCAGUUCAACUUCAACCUCAUCCAGCGCCAGGGCAACUACUCUGUUGAGGAGACCGAUGUUGUUGGAGACUGCCGCGUGAACUACACCGUGCGCACCGACAGCGAGCAGGACGAGAUGCAGAUCCGCCGCUCCCGUGACUUCAGCCAGUGCUCUCAGCGUGCCGUCAUCUCUAACUGCACUCUGUACGGCAACAGGUCUCCCAACACCGAGGACCUGAGGAACUCCACCUCCCAGACCAACGUCACCCUGUCCAACCUGAACAUCAACAAGCGCAGCGGCAGCAGCCAGGAGACCCGCUCCUCCUCCCAGCAGGAGCAGAACUUCAUCGUGGCCGAGAUCCAGACCCGCGAGCAGCACGUCAUCUCCCUGUACAACCAGCAGAGCCAGCAGCAGAGCCAGCAGCAGGGCCAGCAGAACCAGCAGCAGAACCAGCAGAACCAGCAGACCGGUGCUGUCACCACCAACAUCCAGCAGACCCUGCGCCUGAGGCGUGUCAGCGAGGGCGAUAGCGAUGUCCGCCCCGCCGAUCUGCAGCAGCGCCCCACCACCAGCCUGGUGUUUCAGCCCAUCCAGGACCAGCAGGAGAUCCGCAGGAACAUCACCCGCCGCAGCCAGACCACUGAGACCCGCCAGGAGGUCCAGGAGCAGCUGCAGCAGUGGACCCAGUCCCAGCAGGCCCAGGAGGGCCUCCAGCAGCGCCAGCAGGAGAACCAGCGCCGCCAGCAGGAGGUGAGGAGCCAGUCCCGCAGCCAGGAGCAGCAGCAGCAGCUCCAGCAGCUCCAGCAGCAGCAGCAGCGUUUCGAGCAGGAGCAGGAGCAGCAGGAGCAGCAGCAGACCCUGGCCCUCCUCAACAUCGUCCAGACUCUCCGUGAGUGCAACCAGAACACCCUGCGCAAGGUCUACAGCGACUUCGUGCAGCAGCAGCAGUUCCGUCAGCCCAUCCAGCAGGCCCUGUCCCACGUCAGCACCCAGGCCGGCGUCCAGCUGAUGAUCGAGCAGAUCCAGACCCGCGAGUGCAGCGAGCAGCAGGCCCAGAACUUCCUCCGCGGCAUCGCCAUGAUCCAGCGCCCCGUCCGCCAGAACCUGGACGGAAUUCUGUUCAUCCUUCGCCAGCGCUCUCAGUGCCAGCAGGUCCGUGAGCAGGCUCUUCUGACCCUCGGCUCCCUGGUCAACAGCUACAUCAGCCAGAACAACGUCAACGAGAACGCCGCUCCCACCGAGAUCCGUCAGGCCCGUCACGUCCUGGUUUCCGAGCUGCAGCGUGGCCAGCAGACCGGCGAUGAGCGUGAGGUCCAGAUCGCCCUGAAGGCUAUCGGCAACGCCGGUCUGCCCUCUACCAUCCCCCAGCUGAUGCAGGUCGCCCGCGACACCCAGAGGAGCAACGGAACCCGCCAGGUCGCCAUCUACUCCAUGUGGAGGGUCGACAGGCAGCAGAUCACCCCCCAGACCCAGGAUGAGCUGUCCCAGCUGUUCAACACCCCAGAGAACGGUGUGGAGGUCCGUUCCGCCGCUUUCGUCAUGAUGAUGGAGUCCACCAACUCUCAGCAGAGCAUCAACCGCAUCGUCUCCCGUCUGCAGCGCGAGUCCGACCCCCAGGUCGCCUCAUUCUGCUCCAGCUACCUGACCCAGAUGGCCCAGAACGGCCGCACCAACCCCCGCACCCAGCAGCAGUCUCGCAUUGCCCAGCAGACUCUUGACAUGAUCGCCAACCAGACCGUCUCUGAGUUCUCUCAGCAGUUCAACGGCUCCAGGGCCAUCAUGUACGACACUGGCUACAACACCACCGCCGGUUCCAGGCGCAGGUCUCACUUCGUGGACUCUCACAUCCUCUUCACCGACCAGAGCCCCAUCCCCCGCUCUGUCAUGGUCAACAUCAACAAGCACAACACUGGCUACGACUACAACCUCUUCGAGUUCGGUGUCCGCCAGGAGGGUCUUGAGACUUACUUCAACGCCGUGCGCCGCCAGCAGCAGCGUGAGCGCAACCAGAACCGCCCGUCCACCAGCGAGGAGCGCCGCCAGCAGCAGCAGAACCGUGACUGGCUGCUGAUGGAGGAGUGGAGCAUUCUGGAGAGCCAGAGCCAGAGCCAGGAGAGCCAGGAGCGCAGCCAGGGCCGCAGCCAGGAGCGCCGCCAGGGCCGCAACCAGCAGCGCAACCAGCAGCGCAGCCAGCGUCCCCAGUACCAGCAGCAGACUAAGGAGGACCGCAGGUGCCAGGAGCAGCAGCAGCAGCGCCGCCAGCAGAUCGUCACCCCUCAGCUGACCUACUACGUCGUCAUCAACGGCCACGAGACCACCUUCUCCACCCAGAACACCACUGGUCUUGCUCAGAUGAUCCGUGGCCUGACCCGCGGCCAGGGCCUGCAGAUCCGCCAGAACACCACCCAGGACGACUGCCGUACCUCCAUCCCCACCUCCAUGGGUCUGCCUCUGCGCAUGAGCUAUGAGGUCGCCACCACCGUGAACGCCAACACCCGCGUGCGCAUGAACGCUGUCCGCAGGACCAUCCAGGCCACCGUCAACGGCAGGCUGAGCAUGCUGGAGCGUGCCCAGGUCUCCAUCGACGCCUACACCCAGCAGUCCGGUGUUGUUGCCCAGAGCCAGUGGCGUGCUGGCACCAACAAUGCCACCGUCUCCAUCCAGGACUGGCCCCUGCAGGUGAACAUCACCCGUGACCUGUACCAGCAGCUCAACAUCUCCACCAGUGUGAACGUGCAGACCUUCCAGCGCCGCCUUGUCAGCAAGGGCCAGGGCAACCGCCAGCAGCAGACCCAGACCAGGCCCUUGACCACCCAGCAGCAGCAGCAGCAGCAGGAGCAGGAGCAGCAGCAGCAGCAGGAGUGCACUCCCGUCCAGUCCGUGUCCGGCGUUGAGCAGUGCGUGAUCUUCAACGGCGUCCGUACCCAGCAGCAGCAGCGUCAGCAGCAGCAGCAGCGUCAGCAGCAGCAGCAGGGUCGCCAGCAGCUGUACCAGCAGACCCAGCAGCUGCAGCAGAACCCCAACUUCCUGACCAGCUCUCAGACCCAGACCAGCUGGAUCGUCCGCAGCCAGAACCAGCCCAGGAGCCAGCAGCAGAGCCAGCCCAGGACCAUCCAGAUCAGCUUCGAGUCUCAGAACCAGGAUGAGGUCCGUGUCCAGAUCGAGAGCGGCUUCCAGGGCCAGGAGGCCAGGCGCCAGACCCUGACUGUCCCCCGCCAGACCAGCAGCAGCCAGCCCGAGGCCACCUUCCAGACCAGCCAGGGCCAGCAGCAGCAGCAGUGGCAGUCCCGCCAGCAGCGCCAGCAGUCCGAGAGGCGCGAGCAGCAGCAGCAGACCCAGGAGCAGCAGCAGACCCAGCAGCAGAUCAGGCAGAUCAGGCGCCAGCAGCAGCAGUUCGAGGAGGAGCAGCAGGAGACCCUGCAGCAGCUGCAGCAGCAGGAGCGUGACAUCAACCGCACCCCUGAGGACCGCAUCCGUGUGAGGCAGCAGCGCCAGCAGCAGCAGCAGCAGGUGCAGCAGCAGAUCCAGCAGUUCCAGCAGCAGAUCCAGCAGCUCCAGCGCCAGCAGCAGCAGCGUGAGCAGCAGCGCGUCCAGCGCCAGCAGCAGAACACCCUCACCAACACCUUCCUGCAGGUGGUCCGCAGCCUGCCCAGGCAGCAGCCCCAGGUCCAGCCCAGCUGUGUUCUGGUCCAGCAGAGCCUGUGGUCCGAGUGCCAGUCCCCCAGGCAGUGCAGCCAGGGUGAGCAGACCCGCCAGGUCUCCGUUGCCUGCGACCCUCAGGUGUCCCGUACCCAGCAGCAGCAGGAGAGGAAGACCCUGUGGUCCAGCCAGGAGGAGCAGAGCCAGCAGUGCCAGACCUUCGUCGAGAGCAGGUCUUGCCAGAACUGCAAAUGCGAGGGUGUGAUGUCCCGCAUCCAGCAGUCCCACCGUAACGGCGCCUGCUACUCUACCCAGAAGUUCCUGCAGUGCCAGCGCCCCUGCAAGCCCGUCGACCUGACCUACCAGAAGGUGUCCUUCAACUGCCCCCACCUCAGUGCCAAGACCGACCGUGACCAGACUCACUUCACCGCCGGUAUCGAGGUUCCCCAGGACUGCGUGUGCCCCACCCACCAGUGCGUGGACUCCCGCAGGACCUACGACAUCUCCCGUUACGGCAGCAGUGAGCAGACUUCCCGCCAGAACUCUCGCGAGAACUCCCGCUCCAACGAGAACUCCCGCUCCAACGAGAACACGCGCUGGAACUCCCGCAGCCGCAGCUCUCAGGAGAGCGAUGAGUCUUCUUUCUUCAACAGCAAUUUCCAGUAAGAUGUUCCUUAAAGGAACCUAGCCAGAUGCUUUAGCUUUCUCCACGUGUUGUUUACUGUACAAAAAUAGUCAUCACUUCAUACUGUUUUGUAUUUUCAUAUCCUGCGUUUUUUAAACUGUCCUUAGAUCAUAGCUUCAUGUUCACAAACCAUUCAAAGUUUGAGCGACCGUUGUAAGGUAUUGACUUGUUGCGAAUUUGGGAGCGUGCACUUCCUUUUACAUACUGAAUAAAAUACAUGUUUUAAGCAGAAA